GCUAGCAGAACACAACUCACUCUUCAUUUUGACAGAGCGUUCAACAGGACAACAGGAUAUCUACUGUACAUUUUGAGAACGUCGAUAUCAUGCCUGUGCUGAAAGCGUCGCAGGAAAUGUUUGACGAGCUCGUCCGCGAGAACAUGGACGAGUUUGAGAUGAGCCGCGAGGAGGCAGUGACGGAUGCAUUGGCGCAGCUCGUGUCGCAGGGCAUCCGGGACCACUCGAAUCUGCUGACAGCCAGCCCGCAGGAGCACGCGAUCGGACGCGCAGUGUCAGUUCUCGCGGCGGUGCUCGCUGCGGCCGAGUACGACUACCACAGCAGCAAUGGCAGCAGCAGCAACGGAGCCGCUCUGAAUCUGGACAAGCUGCAGCCGGCGCUCGAGCAGCUCCAUGACGCUCUGGUGCUGGCAACGGCAAACGACCUGCUGGACAGCCAACAGGGCAUGCUCGUGUCGUACACGGUCAGCACGGCGCCGACGCUCGUCAAGGUGCUCACCAAGCUGCAGGCUGUCCGCGACCUCGCUCCGAACGGACUCGCGUGCUGGGCGUUGGCAUUGCAGUCCCUCGUUCGGGCGCUCGCAUACAUGCCGACGCGGCGAGAGCAGAUCGACUAUCGCGCUGCCGAACUCUUGGUCAAGCUUGUCGAGGAUGGUCGAACGCUGCUGCUACAGUCGUCCACCGAGGUCGGCCAGCAUGCAGCGCUGAGCUCAUUGCUGCCGUCCCUCCGCGACGCCAUGAACGCGCUGGUCGUCAGCUGCAUGAACAACGAGGAGCUGCGUGUGCGGUACAUGCUCGAGUUCCAGCUUGCAGGCUGUUUGGUCGGCACCUUGCGCGCGGGACGCGACGCGCUGGUGGCGUUUGCCGACAAUGCCGAGCUGGGCAUUGACAUUGCACUCUUCCUGCUGGCCGUCUGCAGCGGCAUUGUCUGCUUGUCCAGCGACGAUGACGAACGCGGUGACAUUUCCCGAGCGCACGACAACUGCCGCGAUCUCGUCGAGGCUGGCGCGCUGGAGGCGCUGAUGGCUGUUGCCGUUGCGGCCGCCAAGCACCAGGCGGCGUCGGAUGCCCGGUUGCAAGCACUCCGAGCUGAGAUUGCUGGCACACUCGCGCGCCUUGCCGUCAAGAAUGAGUUUUGCGAGCAGCUCAUGGACGGGAAUGUGGCGGGCUUGCUCGAAGACACGCUCGCUGCAGACGCACAGGCCAACACGUCAGUGGCGCGCAGCAUUGCCGUGCUGGGCAAAGCGCUUGCUGGCAACGACAAGUGCAAAGCAGCCCUGGGCAAAUCCGCGACGUUCAUUCCGCUGUUGAUUGAGUGCAUGAACCGGCAUCCGUUGGUGCCGGCCGUCCAAGAUGCCAUUUCUGCGUCGCUUGCUGCGUUAGCCCUUCGCAGUCCCGAGAACUCCGAGCGUAUCUGCCGAGGGAUUGGCGGUGAUUUGCGCUCCCGGGAAGCGAACGGAAGCGCAAACCACGAUGACUCCGCUACCGCCUUUCCGGGCAUCUCCGCACUCCUCACAGCCAUCACGCUCCACCCGAAGGCAGCCCGAGUGCAGCGAAGCGUCGCUCAAGCCAUUCGAAACCUCGUCUCGCGAUCACCAGAGCUGCGCAAGCCGUUCCUUGACAACGGAGCCGAAGAGCUCCUGCGCCAGGCGCGCCUCGUUUCCUUGGAAUGUGAUGAUGCCGCAAAGGCCGCGUUGCGUGACCUCGGCUGCGACGUGGACUUCAAGGAGCCGUUCAAGGGCGUCAAGGGCGGCUUGGCGAAUGACGAGUUUUCGGCCCCUUCCGGCCCAAUGUCCUCUCCCUUUGGCGACUCUGGGCUUUCAACCGUGACGAGCCUGAGUGAUAUUGUGCGAAAUACCCUAUAGUAGCGUGGUUUUCAGGAAUACAGAAACGUGUACUUUUUCUUCAAAGAAAAAAAACCCCUGUGUGUUGAACGGAC